UUCUAAUAUCGAUGACAGUCUUGUUAUUGUUAUGAUUUGAGUAAGCAAAAAUAUAUUUAUUACUUGCAUUGCGAAUUUUGAGCAAUAACAUUUGAAAAUGAGCAAAUUCUCGCUCUUCAAUGGCAACGAUGAGCACGACCACGAGACAGAGCAGAAAUACGCACACCUUAUGAAUCUGGGAAAUGCGAAUCAAUCGGUGUCGGAAAACAGUUCUGGAAAAGCCAACCGUUGCAAGUGGACGGGCGCAGAGGUGGAGACCUUUGUGGGAAUCAUCCACCAACUGAAACUGCAAGCUGCACUGCGGAGGGCGAGGAGCAAUGCAAAGGUGUUUCGGAUGGUGUCCAGGGAAAUGGCCAGACGCCACUGCCCCAAGAGUCCAAAGCAUCUGAGAGCGAAGUUCCAUCAGAUGCGGCGUCAGUAUGCAAGGGCGCGGAAUGGCGGCGAGCCGUUCGAGCAUUUUGAGGCGGUCCACGAACUGAUGCAGGGAGAAGAUGUAUCUGAUCUGGAGGAUGAGGUGCUAGAGAGUGACACCGAUGCGGAGGCCGACGAGGACCAGUCCGGUAUGAUCUCGGAAACCGAAGGAGACGAUGCUUUGGAUGCCUCUGGCUCUUCCAUUAACAUCGUUGCCCGCUGCAAGUGGGCAGAGGGCGAAGUGGACCUCCUCCUCGAACUGAUCCACACUCUUGGUCUGCGGACCGCUUUGCUGCAAAAGCGCAAUGCCAAGGUCUUCAAGCUGCUGGCCAAAGAGAUGGCAAAACGCAACUGCCACAAGGGUGCGGAGAAGCUGCGCAUCAAGUUCCAGCAGCUGCGGCGAUUGUACAACAAGACCAAAAACGGCACGGGAGAAACGUUCGAACACUUUGAGGCGAUGCGACUGGUCCUGGAUCCCACUGAUGAGGAGGCGGCCGCAGAGGCUGAAGCGGAAGCCCAUCUUAGCAGCGCAAGCGAUAGUGAUUUUAACGACAGCGAUGAGGACGACGGUGAUGCAUCACAGAGAAGCGGAGCGCACUUUUGGACGGACGAAGAGGUCGAUUCGUUUCUACUCAUUAUACGGGACAAUGGUUUCUUCCGCGCCUUGGAUGGUUCCCGGAAGCGCAACUUCCAGACGCUGGUGCACAUUUCCAACAUCUUGGCUAAGCAGGCCAUCAAACGGACUCCCCACCAGCUGCGCAAUAAGCUGAGACUACUCUGCAAGCGUCACCGAGAGGCCAAGGAGCACGGGCUAGAUAAUGUACGCAUUCUGCCUCGCCACUUUGAGCUCUUCGAUGAACUGAUUCAGGCACCGCGGGAAAACAAGAAAAGUGCUAUUUCCAGGCCCAUUCGCAGCAGCCAACCGUCAAUUCCCAAGCCGCCAGGCAAAACAAGCGUUCCGCUGGCGAGUGACAGUGAAGACUCCAGCUCCACCUGCGAUCUCUUAAGAGCGGCUGCCGAUAGCGAGGACUAUGAGGACGCCAUACAGAUGGAGGCUGAACCAACGCCCAUUGAAGCACUCACUGCCAUCAUGGAAGGUCAAAAGCAGUUGCUUGCGCAGAUCAAAACCACCAACGAGAGCUUUCUGCGGCAGCAACGCGAGCAGCAGCAUCAGUUUCUGGAACAAGUAUCCGAUUUAAUGCGUCGAGAUCGCGAGGAGACCCUACGAAGGAUCAGUGAAAUGCUGCAACCGAAGUAGAAGAAAUAGUCAGCUCAAGCUUCUAAAACUUUUAUUGAAUUGAAUUCGAAGUUAUUGCAAAAAGUUGUCAUUAUUUAUAUAUAUUAUAUGUAUGUAUUCUAUAUUCAUAUCGUGUGUGUGUGUUUUGUUUUUGUGACAGUGUCCUGUGUCUAGGGUUUAUUCUUCAUUCAUUGUGAACAGAAUUUUGUUUGAAGUUACUCGCAAUUCGCAAUUGUCUACGAUUUAUCUAGGGUUUUGUAUAAGUAUAUACGUAAUUUUGAGAGAUUUUUUGUUUGUUAUUUGAUAUGCUACAUUGUUAUUUUUGGGAUUAAGUUAACAGUUGGAUUUGUUUUGGGUUUUAACAUUAAGCGAAAAUGCUCGUUAGUUUUUAGUUUUUGUUCUUGUGUCGUCUGUAUACACAUAUAUAUGUAUAUUGUAUAUAUUUUGUAUAUUGUUCGGAUUACAACAACUAAGCAAGCUCGUCAUAAAAUAUGUGUUGCACUCCAAAAAAAAAAAACCAUAUAACCAAUUGGG